GGCGCCCGUACCCUCCUCCUACCAUGGCCGGUGACUCCUCCUCCUGCGGCGGCGGCGGCGGCGGCUGCGGGGCCAACUGCUCCUCUGCCUCAGCCGCCGAUGAUGCUCCGGAGAAGCAGUUGGGCCGUAUCUCCAUAGCGACCGGCGCCGGUGCCUCCUGCGGCAAGUGCGGCGGCGGCGCCGUCGUCGCGGUUGCCGGAGGCGUCGGCCUGUGCGGCGAGUGCCUCCGCGCGCACCUGUUCGGGAAGUUCAAGCUCGCCGUCACCAGCAACGCCAUGGUGCGGCCCACCGACUUCGUCCUCCUCGCCUUCUCCGGCGGCCCCGCCUCCAGGGUGGCUCUGCAAUUCAUACACGAGAUGCGGUCCAAGGCAAUCGAGAGCUGGGAUGCGAGCAAUUCGCAGGCCCUGCCGGUCUUCGGCAUGGGGGCAGCCUUUGUCGACGAGAGCAUCCUUUCGUCGAAGCCGAGACACGAAGUUGAGUUGGCAAUUGAAGAUAUCAAGUCAAUUGUGUCGAGUUUGUUGCCAGCUGACAAAGCGAUGCACAUUGCUCCUCUUGAGGACGUUUUCUCGACGGAAUCGGUGGACGGGGAGGGCAGGCUGAGGGAGCUAGUCGGCAUGGUUGAUGAUGACACUGGGAGGGAGGAUUUCCUCCGGUGCUUGCGCAUGCUUGCGUUGCAGAAGAUUGCACUGGAAAAUGGAUACACCAAGAUCAUGCUGGGAUCAUGUGCUUCUGCAAUCGCAUGCCAUGUGCUUUCCGCCACAGUGAAGGGCCAAGGUUAUUCUUUACCAGCUGAUGUCCAAUAUGUUGAUACACGGUGGGAAGUUCCUGUGGUUAUUCCACUCCGUGAUUGCCUGGCCCAAGAGCUUACCCUACUCUGCGAACUUGAUAGAUUGAAGACACUGCAACUUCUUGAUAAGCCUUGCAGUAGCAUCAACAGCUUGGUUGCAUCUUUCGUUGCACGACUAAGGGAGGAGAAUCCAUCUCGAGAGCAUACUAUUGUAAGAACUGCACAAAAGCUUAAGCCAUUCUCUUUUAACAAGUUCUCAGCAAAUGGCUAUCAUGAUUUCCUGCCAUCGCGGUUACGUCCCAAGUUCCAGAAUGUUGAUAGCGAUGAGUCCACUUUCUCUGAAGUUCUCUGCAUCAUAUGUCGAAGUCCAUUCAGUGAAUCAGAACUCCAGAAGUUGGAAAGCGCAAAGCACGAGGCUCAGAAGAAAACUGAUCUUUAUACUGCUUAUUGUUGUCAAAGCUGUCAUUUUCAGAUACUACCAGGAGGUGUGAACUUGUAUGACCAUUUCUUUUCACUCCUACCAAAGGUCUGGACUGAGAGAGUGGAUACUGCAUCUGCCAGGCAUAGCUCGCUAAGAGAUCAAAUAGAUGAUUAUCUUCUGGAAGACGAUGACGAUGGAAACUGAACUUGUUCAUUGAGUGAAUCCAAAACUUACUUGCCAGUAGCCAGCAUAGAUUCCUUCCCAGUUGGGCCUCACAAACCAUGGCAUAAACCAAUUGCUUGGGAUAACAGUGUUUCCAUCUAGUAUGACACUGGUUUGUUCAGACUUAUGCCAAUACACUUACAAAUACCAAACAGUGUCUUUUGUAUUCAAUUCUUGUUGUAUCUGUAAGUCCUUGCUAUUCAAAUUUAAAACUUGUCCGAAAUAUAUAUAUAGUGAUGACUGCUGAAGCAAAGCCAAUACUCGCCAGCAAGUUUCCAUGAUAUUAGGCCACAGACUUUUUGUAGCUGAAGGUCUCCAACUUCCACGUGGUUACAGUAUACUGAUUGGCCUCAUCUAUUGUGCCGACUAUUUGCCUGCAAAGGUUGUAACAGAUGAAUUUAUCCUUCUAUCUAGAAGAAAAAAUCAAAAAAAUAUAGAUAAUGGUAUGUUCUGUAUAGAAGCUUUGUAUUGAUGUUGUUAUAAUCUUUUACACCGUUGUACUUGA